AUGGCCACGAUCUCCAUCCCAGCUAGUUUUUAUUUCAAGAAUGGUGCUGACCCCAACAAUACCUGGGCACAAAUCAACAUCUGUACCACUCACCUCGAGAACACAGUCCUCACGGCACCAACGGUUGAUGCCCGCGAGACUGCGAUAGGCGUGCUCUGGUCAUGGCAAUCUACGAUAUCGCUCUGUGAGACCUUUCAAUUAAGGCACUAUAGCAUCCCCGUGCAGGGCGGCGCCAUCGAGGAGCUGGAUUACUACUUUCUGGGCAAGGAGGGCGGCUGGAGGCCGGAAUGGAAUAACGGAUUGCAAGGGCAACUUCGAAUUGCCUCCAGCAUGCUUUCCCACACAUCCGCUCUAUUGUCCGCUGGAUGGCCACAGGAUAAGAUGCUCGAGCUACGAGAGGCGGUCCGUCAGUGGCAGUUGCAGCUUGAAUCUAUUAAUGGCAAGCGGCUAUCCUACCACAAGGCUGUCAAGGAGGCGGAUAUGGCCAGACGUGAAGGGUCCCGUCUACUCAAUGAAAACCCAGAUACCCCAUUGGAAGCCUACGAAGAGAAUGCUAAGGCCCAUGCCCCGAAAGACGAUUACGGCGCAGUGAGUGGUCUCGGCAGAGUCGAGGAAGACUUACAGAAUUUGUUUUCUUGGAACAUCUGGUGGCUCAGCUUCCUGCCUAUUUACGAUGAAUCAAACCCGCAGACAAGUUACUUGUCGUCGUCUACCACUCUCGAACAGAGAUCUUCGGAAGCCGAACUCGCGAAAGAUGUAGUUCCUUUUCAACACCACAACACCCUGAACACGAAUCCACGUGAUCUGCACGGGACUUUAUUCGCUCCAACGACCCCCUUAUAUAACGCGAUGCUGUCCUCUCCCUCUCCCUUACAUCCCAAUUUCCUGGAAAGUGAUCCAAAACGAAUAAUGGCUCUUUCGUUGAGCGAGUUCCAAAACCGUUUCCCAAUUCCUGUCCAAGUGAUGGUCGAAUGGGAUCCGGUCAAGUUUUUGAGGGAAAAUUAUGAAGAGCCAUUUCCACCCUUGGAUGCGAUCUUCACAUACACCGGCGACGAUUCCGAUGCGCAGAUUACAACGUUCGGGGAUUACGUGACGGAGACUUGGCCAGCCAGGCCAGCCUUUCUUGCCGAAUUGCAAUCCGCCAUUUCUCGAGAGCUUUCUUCCACAGUCAAUGAAGGGAAGACCAGAGAGGUUAACGAGUAUCCACUGCAAGGUUGCAGCAUCCAACUGGCCAAUUCCCACGUAGUGGUCAGAACACGUUGUGACGAGCCUAAACAUGCGCACGACCUUGCCCUUCAACUAGCCUGGGCUUCUGGAGCGUGCCGAACAUCAUCGAACCAAAACGCCGAGUUCAUCAAACCGAGCUACAGUACCGCAGUGGAGAGCGAGGAGCUCCAUAUCCACAUCAACUUCACGGUCCAGAAAGACUCAUCCCCACGCUGGAACCACUUACUUGGGCCUUACGUCGUCGUCGGCGGCUUCCCCAUACGUUCACGGCCACAGAAUCAAUCAGGUUUGGAGGUGCCGUUGGCCUUCAUCGUCCAGUUUCUUGGGCUCAACCGUAUCACCACAUUCAACAAUUGGGCGGUUCUGCACGACUGGGGCCACAUGCUGGUAGCAAAAUCCAGAGGGAUGGACUACGUUUCGUGGGUAUAUCUUUUCACCAGAGACGAGGGGCGCAUUUCCUUUUUUGCCCCAGAUUUAUUAAAACCUAAGCCACCCCACAUGAGCCACAAAGAUAUAGACAUGGAGAAAUACCGACACUUUAUCGAGUAUCUUCAGCUCGCACCGUCGGACGAAUCGUGAAUGACAACGUACACCCUACCAGAAUCGAGGGACAUUUUGAUGGUAUUGGAUAGGCUAUACAGGGGAACCCCAACAGGAUUUAUGGUCGUUCCUAGAUGUAUUUGUGGAGACGCAGAAGAGAACCUUCCGCAUCGUUGAAUUGGAUGCUCAAUUGUGAGAUGCAACUUAGUUAUUUCGGAACUUCAUUUGAUCUCACGUUAAGAUACCCUCCAUCCA